AUGAUUAUCCGGAAACAAUUAGCAAAAACUGAAUCCAGCUUGAAAAGAUGAAAGAAAUUGCAAAAUUUAACCCUAAUUUUAGGAAAAAUAUCGAUUUUAUUAGAUCAAAGGGUUUUGCUGGCUGGAAAAAAAGCAGAGGUGAUGGAAAUUGCUAUUUUCGUGCAGUUAUGGUUAGAUUCUUGGAGUUUCUUUUCAAAGUUUCAACUCCAAUAUACUAUACUUUAA